CCCGCCCCGCGGGAGCUGCUGGAGGCGGGGCGGAAGCCCCCGUGUCCCGCGGCUGAAAUAGGGGGAGGGCUCAGCCUGCGGCCAGCCCAGGUGGCCGCUGCCCGCCCAACGUCCCGCCAAGUAGCGCUGCCUGCGAGUCGUUUUUCAGAGUUUGAAGAGCUUGAGACACACUUGCCAGCUUCCCACUGCUCCCCUGCAGCAUCUCAUUUUCAGCUUUCAGGUUAACUGAAAUCUGCAAAAAUUCUCUGCUGCAAGAAAAAGGGGGUGAUGUCAUCAGAAGAUGAUGCUGGUGGGGAGGCUCCUGGGGGCAGUUUCUGGGAGGCUGGAAACUACAAGCGAACAGUGAAGCGUGUGGAUGACGGCUACCGGCUCUGCAAUGACUUAAUCUCCUGCUUCCAGGAGCGAGCCAAGAUAGAGAAGAACUAUGCCCAACAGCUAACAGAGUGGUCCCGUAAGUGGAGGACCAAUGUGGAGAGAGGUCCACAGUAUGGUACUCUGGAAAAGGCCUGGCAUGCCUUCCUGACAGCUGCAGACAAACUGAGUGAAAUUCACUUAGCUGUCCGGAACCACCUGGCUGGUGAAGACUCAGAUAAGAUCAAGGCCUGGCAGAAGGAGGCCUACCACAAGCAGAUGAUUGGCGGCUUCAAGGAAACAAAAGACGCAGAGGAUGGGUUCCGAAAAGCCCAGAAACCCUGGGUGAAGAAGAUGAAAGACGUGGAGACUUCUAAGAAAAACUAUCAUGCAGCCCGGAAGGAGGAGAAAACAGCCCAUACAAGAGAGAACCAUGCCAAGGCAGACUCAACUGUCUCACAGGAACAGCUGCGCAAGUUGCAGGAGCGUGUAGAGAAGUGCACUCAGGAGGCUGAGAAGUGCAAGGAUCAAUAUGAGAAGAUGCUGGAAGAGUUGAACCGCUACAAUCCCCGCUACAUGGAGGACAUGGAGCAAGUGUUUGAGGGCUGUCAGGAGGCAGAGCGCAAGCGAUUGUCCUUCUUUAAGGAGAUGCUCCUGAAUCUUCACCAGCAUCUCAACCUCUCCACCAGCGAAAGCUUUCAUGCGUUGUAUCGAGAUCUCCACCAAGUCAUCAUGGCUGCAGACAACCAGGAGGACCUGAAGUGGUGGCGCAACACUCAUGGACCGGGCAUGGCGAUGAAUUGGCCUCAGUUUGAGGAAUGGUCCCUUGAAACACAGCGGCAAAUCACCAAGAAGGAGAAGAGUGGCAAGAUGGCUGAUGAUGUCACACUGACCAGCAUUAUGCCUACACGAGAUGGUGUUGUCUCACAGACCCCUCUGCAGACAAGGCAGAGGUUUUCCUAUCAAGAGGAGCAGAACAGCCUCUUCUAUGACACCCUGAAGGCACCCACCCAUGUGAACGGAGAGAAGGAAGACAUUUCAGAGUGGUCAGAUGGAGACACUCCCAAGAAGUGCCUGGAUGCCAACGGGCACGAGGAGGACAUAAAGGUACCAGGUGUACGGGUACGAGCACUGUACGAUUACACAGGACAGGAGGCUGAUGAGCUGAGCUUUAAAGCAGGUGAAGAACUAAUGAAGAUCAGUGAGGAAGAUGAGCAGGGCUGGUGCAAGGGCCAACUUCUCACUGGCCAAGUUGGACUCUAUCCUGCUAAUUAUGUUGAGAAGGUUGGAUCAUGAUUGCUGCUGCCCUGCCAGUGCCUCACAGCCAUACCAGCAUCUCCUGCAGAGGUCACUGGGUCACUCUUGGCCCCAGUACACCUUUGCAGUAUAUCCAGCAACUUCUGGACUUUGAGGGCACAUAUUCCAUGUAACUAAUGCUUCAUUUUAAGCACCUAGAUAUAUAGGGAUUUUCUAAAAAAUAAACAAGGAUGAAUUAAGACUUCUCUGACUGAGCACUAUAGUAGCGUAGGAGUGCAGAGAGAAACAGAUCCUUUUGACUUGCACUCAGUGCAAGGACAUAACUGUUUUCAUGUGACACUAAAACAGAAAUCACAUUUCCUUGGCUUCAAUGCACAUACAUCUACAGGGUGUUGAGUCUGCCCUGUCCCCAGGCUUCCUGUUCAAGGAAUUUUGGAUGUGCAUGGUAAUAGGGAACUUGUAUUAUUUCCCCUUUUGAGCUCAGUCAGGCUGACUGGCAGAAAUCUAUUUAUUCUUCCCUGUCUUUCAUAAGUCUUCAGUAUCCCUAACCUGCAAGCCUGUUGGCUUCCUUGGUAAGGCAGCUGGUACAAGUGAUACACUUUCAACAACCUGGAUACCCCCUUCCACUGCCCUCAUAUUUAUUGGGAUAACCCCAGGAUGGAUGAUAGUAUAGCUGGGGAACAGGAAAAAGAAGCUUCUAUCUUGCAUGAUGUGGCUGUUCAGAUUAACAAGUCUAACAGAACUGUCUGGCUCCCUGAGCUAAAGUGGGCCUUGACACGUGCUGAAGGCUGAUUUUAACAAAAUGACAGCCACAUUGCAGUUCUGUUCUUCUUAGGACCGCUACAUCCACUGCUAUGUGUUGGGGUUUCUAAUGCAUCUAGAUAAUUUUGGAUACACCUCUUUUCAUGAACACUCGGUGCAUAGCAGAGACCCUCUUUUCUUCUCCUACAUCUUCUUGCCUUAUGCAGGGCCAGAAGUGCACUCCCUGUUUUGCCAAAGAUACCCUACGCUGUGAUGAGGGGCUACACAGCAUGGAAGCUGCCUGCUGGCUAGGACAACAUUAGUUAUAGAGGAGUAACUCCUCUUCUAGUCCUGAAUUGCUGCAGUUGAUAAGUGCCAUUCAGCAGGAGAAGAUGUAUCAAACAUCUUUAUCUCACCUGUCUUUCUGCUCUUGAAAGUCUCUGAGGCUGCUGAGACAAAGGGGGAUCCUGAUCCCAGUGUUCUUCAUAUUCAAACAUAAGGACUGGUAAGCCCUAGAGCUUGAGAGAACAAAAAGAAAAAAAAAUGAAAAGCUCCCAUUGUUGGAGAAACAAAGAAAAACAAGCAAAAUGGCUUACUUAGUACAUCUGCUUGAACCUGCUGUUGAAAUGCAUUGCGAGUUUGUAGUAGUGUUCUGUAGUUGAAUUCUGAGUCUGGCUUAGCCUGAGUGAGUAACCUGGUUAAGUCAGGUGCACAGAACUCAGCUGAGCCUCCACCAACCACACGUGGUGAACUACUUCAGAGCUGUUUGGAAAAAGGAUGAUACAUAUAAGUCUGAAGUCAUAUGUGAGCACUGGGAUUAAAGACCAAUAGAAUGUUAACAGCAGCUAGUAAACCAAAAUGGACAAAUUCAAAUACUGUUAGUUUAUGAGAGAUUAAAGUAUCACAAACAUCUCCUUGCCUGCCUGACAGAGCAGAAAUUAAACCUUUUAUAGCACACAGGAUGCCUUGAAAUGUAGUUUGCCAUGGACAAAGAGAUCAGAGACUAAUGCUAUUUAGUGUUCUUUUGAGACCGGAGAAACACAUCAGUUGAAAGGUUUUGAAAGUAUCUCUAGCACUGUACUUCAUGAAUGGGAAGAGGGGUGCAAACCAAAAGAACAAGGCUAAAGCACUUUGUUCUGAAUCUGUUAUUUCUUAAGAAAAAAUAUUUCCAAAAGGCAAUUAAAGAUUUAAGCAACAGACAUUAAAAAAUGCCUGGAUUGAGCUAUGAAUUUACCUAUUAUUCUAUGUUCAAUAUCUGAAGAAACCUCUAAGCUUAUGCCAUGUAAGAUGUGUUGGUGUAUAAGCACUUGGAUUUAUUGAAAGAUCUUGUCUCUUCUUUCACUUCUGUGUCCCAGGUAAAUUGUCAUUAGUGUUGUACAGUAAUUGCAAGUGUUCCACUUGCUGAUCCACAACAGAAUGAUUUGUUGUUCCUUUGUCCUAGCACACAUGAAUAUGAAGACAUGACAGGCUUGUGAGAUAACUCAGACAAAGUCAGUUAUAAAAUGACCUGAGAUGUUCUAUAGUCAGUACUGAAAUUUACCUGGUUAGACUGGAUAUUUUCAAACACUAAUGCUUGACUUUCACGUCAGGUCAAAAAAUUGUAGAAGUUACAAAGGAUAACAUGGAAACUUGACUUCCGAUUCCUCUUCGGAGUUCAAGUCAGGCUGUAAUUUGGGAUGGAGUUAGGUGUGGCCAGAGUGUGCUAGAGGACAGAAAUGCCCAGCAGACAGGACCUCUGAUUACAGUACAACCAACCUGAAAUUCCACAGGACAAAGUCUGAACAGACUUGUUUGUCCUAGGAAAACAUGACCACCUGAUUAUAAUGGGCUGCUUGAAGGUUUCCAGAAAUAGUGACAUACUGGAGCUUAUGUGAACAAGUCCCCUAAGGAAUGUUUGCACAUCAUAAAGUCCUGCCAAGAGCUGAAGUAAUGGACAGCAGACAACACAUCAAGAAUGAAGAAUUGCUUGGCUGGGCUGUACCUCAUAAACUGGCAUGGCACUUAGCCCUGGCUGCCCAAAACCAUCUGGAUUAGUAAAAGAGAGUCUGUGUAGUAAAGAACCAGCUGGAGGGGAGUAAAAAAAAAAAACCAACAAAACAACCCACAUCUAAUGAUCUUAUUUUAAACUAAUAACUCUGCCUGGAGACUUGGUUUCACACAGAAGCAAAGGAGGUUUUGUUAACCACAAAGGCUCAAGUUGAAACUUGCCAUCCAUGCCACGCCAAAAGUUUUGUGUGCAAACAGAGACAUGUACACAUGAACUAAUUGCUGUGCCUGAAUUCCAGAAGGCCAGUGAAGCCUUCUCCCAUGGUUUCUGCAAAAACAUACAGAUGCAUCUCUGUGCCUGAUGGACAACACACUGAAAAAGUAUCUAGUCAUAUUUUAUUUUUUAAUAAAGCCGCUCCUUGUGGAAAGCUCA